AUGUUCAAUUUGGCAAUCCUUAAAGACACAGUAGCAGUCCAUCCCGCCGACUUUGGCACGCCGCAAGAGCUGGCAAUCAUGACCGAACUCAACAAAAAAUACGCCAACCGUGUUCUCCAUGAUGUUGGUCUCUGCAUUUGUGUCUUCGACCUCACAGAAGCUGGCGAAGGCAAGGUUCGGUAUGGGGAUGGUUUUCUGUGGUAUAAAGUGGUUUUUCGGAUGCUCGUAUUUCGACCUUUCCAAACCGAAGUGCUAUUGGCAAAAGUCAUGUCUUCAGACCAUAAUGGUGUACGAUUAUCUUUGGACUUUUUCGAUGACAUCUAUGUUCCCAUCCACUAUCUACCUGUCCCAAAUGCCUUCGAUCCCAAUGAACGCGCUCAUUUCUGGCACGCCAGCGGUGAUGCAGAGGCUAAACAAACCGAACUUCUCGACACCCCCGUGACAGAACGCAUGUGGAUUGACAAGGGCGAGAUUGUCCGCGUAAGAGUUGAGGGUGAUGAAUUCUAUGAUGAUGAACCUGGUCCGGUUAAGAUGGCGGAAGGAGUUCAAGUCGUAAAAGAGGUCCAAACUCGUGCGCCAUUCACGAUAUUCGCUUCUAUGGCAGAGCAAGGACUAGGGCCAGUUUCUUGGUGGGCUACUGCCCAGCCUGAAGAUGGCGAAGAGCAGGAUGAGAUCAUGGAAGAUGGAUAG